AUGAAUUCAUCCUCAGAGAACAAAUCUUCUUCCGCUCCUUCUUCUUCAGGGUUGAAAUUAUUUGGUUUUCGUUUGAAGGCUAGCAACGAUGAUGAUGACAACAGCGUUAAGAAAGUACAGUGUCCAUUCUGCCAUCGCAAAUUUCAGAAUUUGCAAGCAAUGGGGGGUCACCAGAAUGCACAUAGAAGAGAAAGACAAAUGGCUAGGUUGGCACAAUUUGAGUAUAUGCGUGUACACCAAAGAAACCAAAUAUUCCAAGCGGUUACACCUCUUGUUGUUGCACAAGGAGCAUCACCAACCUCUGCUUUCGGUGGUGCAACUCGGUUCUGGACAGCCCCUGUGGCGGAGCCACCAGGUACGCGCCACCAUAACGUACAAGUAUCAGUAGUAGGGGUUGACGAUGAUAUCGAUCUAGAACUGAGACUAGCUAACUCUUCUAAGGAGUCUGGGAUUCGAUCCUUAGGGUUGACACUGAUGAGAUAUCCUGACAAUUAUAAUAAUGGUUUGAUGAUGGUCAUAUCUCCCAAGGUUGAUUCUCCUCCUAUAAGAGCCACACCAGUGUUCCUUGGCUUGGGUGUGAGGGCAAUACUUAACUGCUUCUUCCAUAGACAAGUGGUCCAAUCCCAGAACAUCACCUAUCAAUCACUUGAAGCUGUGGACCGCUCACUCAGAUAA